AUGGGUUACACCACACUGUGGAAGAGCUUCUCUCCCACCCAGCUCAACCUCGCUAUCCAAACCUUCUCGCUGAUCAGUAUCUUCUUCGAGGGUUAUGAUCAGGGUGUUAUGGGAGGCGUUAACGCGUCUCCACGCUACGUGACUGAAGUGGGAAUCGGCCUGGACGACGGAACUGUGACGGAUACUCUGCAUCAGGGUGGCAUUGUCUCAAUCUACUAUCUUGGCUGUAUUGUGGGCUGCUUCAUUGGAGGCUGGCUCGCUGAUCGCAUUGGACGUAUCAAUGGUCUGUUCAUCGGUGCUAUCUUCGCUCUCAUCGGUGGUGCCUUACAGGCAGCGACCCAGUCCAGCGACUUCAUCCUCGUUGCUCGUGUGAUCACUGGGCUCGGUACUGGCGCCUUGACCGGCAUCACCCCGGUGCUCAUCUCAGAAACCUCAACCGCCGGUCAUCGUGGUGGCUAUCUAGGUUAUGUUUUCAUUGCAAACUACCUGGGCAUCUCUGUCGCAUACUGGCUCUCAUUCGGUCUAGCCUUCAUCAACAACGGCUACUCUGACAUCAGAUGGCGCUUCCUGCUGGCCUUCCAAUGCUUCCCCGCUCUUCUGCUGCUCGCUGGUAUUAAGAUGCUUCCCGAUAGCCCCCGGUUCCUCGCCUCUGUCGGGCGUUACGACGACGCUCGUGAGGUGCUCGAGCGCGUCCGUGGCCGGUGGGACGCUGAUGUCGAGACCGAGUUCAUGGAGAUCGUCACCGUCGCAAAGGAAGCUCAGCCUCAAUCACCCAUGCAGUUCGCGAUGAUCCUCAUCGGCCGUGGCGGCAAGCCCGGCUCACACCUCGGACGCCGCGCCUGGCUCUGCUUGUGGCUCCAAAUCAUGGCCUCAUGGACUGGUAUCACCGCCGUCACAGCCUACUCGCCUGUUCUCCUCUCCGCUGCCGGCUACAGCACUCUCACUCAGAACGGCCUGGCAGGUGGCCUGAACACCAUCGGUAUAAUCGGCACGAUCAUCAGCGCUCAGAUCGUUGACCGUCUCGGCCGCCGUACUUGCCUCAUGGGUGGCGCUUUCGGGCUUUUCGCCGUCAACCUCAUCGCCGCUUCCGUCUACGAAGCCUCGCGCGCCAACCCGGCGAAAGCGAGCAGCUAUGCCCCUGCUGCAGUCUGCAUGUUGUUCCUCUUCAAUCUUUGCUACGCUGCAACCUGGGGCACUGUUGCAUUCUUGAUCCCGACUGAGAUCUGGUCCUCGGACAUGCGCGCCCUGGGUAACGGUUUCGGUAUCACUGGUUGGGCUAUCGGUGUUGGCUGGACUGUGCUCGUCAACCCCAUCAUGUUCGAGACGCUCGAGAACAGGACAUACUUCUUGUUCGCCGGCUUGAACCUCUUGUGGAUCCCGAUUGUGUAUCUCUUCUAUCCGGAGACUGCUGGCAGGUCGUUGGAGUCCAUCGAUGUCCUCUUCUCCACCGGCAGCCCCUUCAACUGGCAGAUGGAGAAGGUAUACCGCGAGCGCGGGGAUGUCCUAGCAGUGAGGGGUCUGUCGGUCAGCUCGGCCAAGCUUCCCGAGAAGACCUCAUCUGAGCAGCUAGAUGUAUAG